UGCAACCCUAAAAAACUAUUGUAUCACAAAGUUGCAAGCCAACAGUUUCGUCUAGUUACCUACUCGUUGAGUGUGCUACGGGCUUAAUCAUAAUUAUUCGAAUUAAAGUGGAUCCAUAAUUAUUCCCUCUACAAAGUAGGCAGUUCCGAACAUUGCCUCGUGCUGAACUCCCGUGUUUCUACCAAAAGUGAUUUCUAAUAAUUCUGUGGCAUUGAGAAUCAUACAAAAUGACGUUUCUGGAAGACAGAGAUUUGGAAGAUGUUCCGACUAUACCGGAAUAUUACAAAGGAAAAACUAUCUUUAUGACUGGCGGGACAGGAUUUAUGGGGAAAGUGUUGUUGGAAAAGCUACUUUACUCAUGCACAGAUCUAGACAGAAUAUAUUUAUUGAUGCGGCCCAAGAAGGGAGUGCAGCCUGAAAAUAGACUGGCCGCUCUUUAUGCGUCCCCUUGUUACAAUCGUCUUCGUAAAGACCGUCCGGGGGCUUUCGAGUCCAAAGUGUUCUUCUUAGCAGGUGACUGCAGUGAAUUAGGAUUAGGUUUAUCGGAAGAAGACCGAGCACUGAUUGUGAAUCGCACACACAUUAUCUUCCACGUUGCUGCUAGCGUGAGAUUUGAUGAUCCACUAAAAACUUCUGCUAAAUUAAAUCUCCAAAGUACAAGAGAAAUGGUUGAAUUAGCUAAAGACGUGCGUAAUUUAGAGUGUAUGGUCCACGUGUCGACAUCGUACUCAAAUACGAACCGCGAUCCCAUAGAGGAGAUAUUGUACCCUCCUCUAGCAGACUGGAGAGAGACUCUAGAGAUUUGUGAGAACUUUGAUGACCGAACUGUGAAUAUUUUGACGCCCAAAUAUCUCGGAGAGAUGCCCAACACGUACGUAUUCACCAAGCAAUUGGCAGAACAUGUGGUUUAUGAACAGAAAGGAAAACUGCCUAUAGUCAUAAUUAGGCCCUCUGUUGUAAUAUCAAGCUACAGUGAACCAAUGCCUGGUUGGAUUGAAAACUUUAAUGGACCAGUCGGCCUUAUAGUCGCUAGUGGAAAAGGUAUUCUUCGAUCACUAUAUGCUAGUCCGGAUGUAACUGCUGACUAUAUACCAGUUGACGUGGCUAUAAGAGGUUUCAUUGCCGCCUCAUGGAUUCGAGGAACUAAGAAGCUUGAACCAUUUGAUGACAUUCCUGUGUACCACUGUUGUGCCAGCUCACUGAAUCAAGUAUCUUCACAUGAAAUAUUAAGUAUUGGUAAAGAAAUUGUCGCUUCGUAUCCGUUAGAUAAUAUGAUCUGGAGUAUCGGAGGCACAAUAACACCUUCUAAAUGGGUUUAUAAUUUUAAAGUACUAUUGCUACAUGUUCUACCGGCUAUUUUAAUCGACACUUUAUUGUGGAUAUUUGGAAAGAAAACAAUGGUGGUUAAAGUCCACCGCCGAAUAUAUUCAGCGAACUGUGCUUUGGAAUACUAUCUCACUCAGCAAUGGACAUUUACAAACAAAAAUUUCAUUAAUCUCCGUUCAAAGAUAAAGGAAGAGGAUGAGGCACAGUUCUAUUACGAAAUUGAGCGCAUCGACAGAUAUGAUUUCUACAAAAAUUCUUGUGUAGGUGCACGAAGAUAUUUAUUGAAAGAGAAGGAUGAAGACUUGCCAAAAGCUAGAGCUCAUUACAAGAGAAUCAUGUUCUUGGACAAGGUAGUCAAAUUUUUGUUCUACGGUAUUUUGCUUUGGUGGCUCAUACACAACAAUUUCGUCCGUAAUCUUAUUGAUAAAGUAUUGUAUUAAAAUGCUUAUGUUACAUUUUAUAGACGAUUAUACUUAAUGUGAUCAAUAAAUUAUAACAUUAUAUGCUAAAAGUA